GGCUGGACGCCUCAACCAUGGACAGGGACCAGAGUGAAGAGGACAGCAUGGUUGACCUCAGCUUUGAGGCUGAGAGUCCUGUGAUGCCCCCUGAUGAGCUCCUGGAGGGAUUGCCCAGCUAUGACUGGCUUCUUCAAGGGCAUGGGAGACAGGUCUUCUUCCCGCCCUUGGAGCCCCUGGGUAGGUCCCCAGAGCCUGCAUGUUGGUCUUCAGUCUUGGAGUGCAGCAGAGUCCCUGUGGUGACGGAGGAGGUGGCCCGUGAAGCUCUGCUCAGCUUCGUCAACUCCCAUUGCUGUUAUAGCAGGGCGGCUGCUGGCAACCUCAUCAUUCAGGAGCUGAGGCAGCAAACCCUCUGCAGGUAUCGGCUGGAGACCUUCAGUGAAUCCAGAGUCAGCGAGUGGACAUUUCAGCCUGUAACCAACCACUCGGUGGAUGGGCCACAGAGAGGCACCUCCCCCAGGCUUUGGGAUAUGAAGGUCCAGGUGCCUCCGAUGUUUCAGGAAGACACCAGAAAGUUCCAAGUGCCCCACUCCUCCCUGGUCAAGGAAUGUCACAAAUGUCACGGGCGUGGCCGCUACAAGUGCAGCGGCUGCCAUGGGGCUGGCAUGGUGAGGUGUUCGUCCUGCAGUGGUACCAAGCGCAAAGCCAAGCAGCCCCGGAGAUGCCACAUGUGUUCUGGCUCUGGCCGACGCAGGUGCAGUACAUGCUCUGGGAGGGGGAACAAGACAUGUGCCACCUGCAAGGGAGAGAGGAAGCUGGAGCACUUUGCCCAGCUGGUCAUCAUGUGGAAGAACAGCCUGUUUGAGUUUGUGUCUCCACACCACCUCCACUGCCCCGGGGAGCUGCUUGCCAAAGCCAGAGGGGAAAACCUCUUCAGGGAUGAGAAUGCCACGGUGUACCCCAUUGUGGAUUUUCCCCUGCAGGACAUCUCUCUGGCCUCCCAGAGGGGCAUUGAGGAACACAGUGCCAUGCUGGCCUCCCGAGCUCGCAUCCUUCAGCAGCGCCAGACCAUCGAGCUGAUCCCCAUCACAGAAGUUCAUUACUGGUACCAAGGAAAGACUUCUGUCUACUACAUCUAUGGCACCGACCACCAGGUGUACGUGGCUGACUACCCUGAGCGAUACUGCUGUGGAUGCACCAUCCUCUGAUAGGCACAGCUGUCCCCAGACUACCACGGUUACAUGUGGCAAGGGGACAGCAGUACUCUUUGAAUUUAGUUAUGUUGGUGAUGUUGGACAACCCCCAUACAAACCCUGGAAGUCUUUUUGAACAAUUGGUUAAUCAUCUGUCAAGAGUCAAGUAUUGAUGAAGUUUUUUUUUUAUUUUUUUAUUUUUUUUUGGUGGGACCUAUGUUUAACCCACAAGAAUUCUCCUAACCAAGUUCCUCUACAAUAAAAGAGAUAUAUAAGAUGAAUAGUGGGGGCUUUGCCUUUUUUUCUCCAAUCUAAAGCCCCUGUCUGUGUGCAUGGGAACUGGUAUUCUUGAUGCCUGCUUUAGUUUGGAUUCUGCUAUGGGCCAUGUUCAGCAUUAUAGGAGUGCUGAAAGAUAGUCACAGAUUGAUUGCCACUACAGCACCUUUGUUCCUAUCCUCUGGGCUGGAAGUGCUGAUGUAGCCACCACUGGGACGGUUCAGUUGUACUCUGCAGGUCUGAGGUCUCGCCUGGAGGUUAGGAGGCCAGGGUGGUCCAAGGAUGGGCAUACUAAAAAUCAGAAGGGUGAUUUAUGAAAAUGUUAACUAGUUGAUGGGAAUCUGCCCACUAGGCUACCUCCAUGUAAUUUUUGCUUCCUCAUAACAUGGAAAGUCUAUGGUGGCUGUCAUUCAUGGGUACUAUGAUGGCUAAUGUUAAUUGUGAACUUGCCAGCAUCUAGAAUCACCCAGGUCUAAGCUUUUGAGCUUAGCACUAGCAUUCAUAUCCUGCUGCUUCCAGACCAGAGAUGCAAUAUGACCAGCUGUCUCACGUUCCUACUGCUAUGUCCUCCUCACC